AAAUAAUCCACCAGUGGAACCAGGACUUUUUCAUCAAUAUUAAAGUAUUGAUCUAAAACAAACUCAUCUGUCUUUCUAAAAUGUCACCAAUAAGUUAGUUUUAUCUUAUUUCAAGUGUGCUAAGACAUUUGCACAAGAAACUACACCAAAAAUAGUUAAUAUUUUGUGUUUUUGCAUUAGCGUUGAUUCAAACUUCUCCAUCCUGAACUCCAUGCUGCAGUGCAACACUCGUCCAUGCAGUGAAUUAUUAGUUAGUUGUUUGUUCAGCUGAUUCCAGCCAGGUGAAAUUUCCAGACUUUCUGUCAAUCAUUUCCUGGUUUUAUACUGAAGAAAAGCACAUGGUCUCACCUCACCCAGCCCACCUGGGAAGUCCCACUGCCGGCUUCAUAGGCCUAUUUAAAGGAGGGAUCGCUGCACCUGAUGUGUAGCAAUCACCGAAUCCCUUCAGACCUGUCGCGCCUCUGCAGCUUCAUUCACACUCGACAGACUGAGAAUGGAGAGCAACAAGGCGUGUCUCUUUGCAGCGCUGUGCGCUUUCCUCAUUGUUUGCAGCUUCGUCUGCAGCUCAGAUUCAGCGAGCUGCUGCACGAGAUACACCAAAAAGAAGCUGUCCUGCCUUCCGGUGAAGAGCUACAGCGUCCAGACCAUCCAGGGCUCCUGUGACAUCUCUGCCAUCAUUUUCCACGUCAACAGGAGGUUCGUGUGCGCCGACCCAACGAAGCCGUGGACCGCGAGGGCCGUGAAGUGCUUGGAUGAGAGACGGAAGAAGAGAGUUAAUGAAGUCCUGAUGGGGAAACUGAGCAAUGACAGCAAAACUCAGUAACUUGGAGACAAAAUGGCUGGAAAAAGAAGAGAAAAUGUGUUUAAGGUUCUCUAAAAGUCUUGCUGAAUGGUGACGGAUUCAAUGCUUUUCUGUGACUUUUUUUAUAUCUCUUCUGUUUUAUAAACAGGAAUGUGUAGUAUUAAUAAUACCACAUCUGUAGCUGUUCUGAUAAUGGGAAAAUAACCUGUAUGUUUGUUUUUUAAACAAUAAAUUGAACUAAGAUAACUACAUUUAUAGUGGUUGAAAUAAAUAGACGCAACUUUUUAUUUGCUGUUUAUUUGAAAUGCAUCUUAUUUGUUAGAUUUUAACAAAUACAUUUUUAAAUGGUGU